AUGGAAGAAUCUCCAACAAUACGUGCGACUUCUUCAGAGCCUUGCUCUGGUCCAGGUCGCCCAAACCCCUUCGACGACACUGACGAAGAACAAUCCUCGCGCAAGCGCCAGCGAGUCUCGCGCGGACGCUCCAGAAGCAGAUCGGCCGACACAGCUCGCGGAGACGAUUCCCAUCCCCAUUACCAUCCUCUACCAGAACCCAUGUCGUCGCGAGACGGGAGCAACGAGGCUGAUCCCGAUCCAUCCCUCCCUUCUACGCCCGCUCGCAUAUCGACCGAGCUUCCUGCAGAGCCAAAUUCGAGCCGGGUUACCAUAAACCUCAGAACAAAUCGAAAUCUAGAGCCAAUCCCUUCCUCGCCGCCCUCGCCCUCGCCCACGAGCCCCUCGAGAAUGCCAAACGGAGGAGGACAGGACAUAGCUAGGGUCAGCGUCGAGUCGGAGAGUGAUGGCCUAUCUACGGUGCCGGCAAUCGAAACCCCUUCUUCCUCUCCGUCUGCAGGAGGAAGCCCCCGUAUCGAGCUAGUGCCUAUGGACGAAGACGAGGACGCCUACCUGGACCCUAUGUCGACAUUUCCUUACACGAGCGACAGCGGCACAGCACUCCUCGCAUUGGAUCGCAUAUCGAACUUUUUCAAGUUUCAGGACGUUGAUGAACCGGGCUGCUUUUCCAAGCUUGGCACUUGGAUCGAUGCAUAUCUCUAUGCCCAUGAGGGCGAUAUUGGAUCAUUCUAUGCGACCUUCGAGAAGAACCGCGAAUUCUGGAGAACCUUUCCGAGCUUUAUAUGGGCAUUGAGCGGCCGCACCCGUUUCUUUGGCCAAUUUUUGCAGGAUAGUCAGCCCGGCCGGCAAGCGCUGUCAGAGCUAUUCGUUUCAUUUGCUCGCCUUGCUGGUAGAUUCGUUGAGAUGGAUGUGCACCAGCUCUCCUACUACGACAAAGCUGGCAAUCCAAACGAACCUGACAUGGGAAGUGCUGAGUUCCUGAUAGCCUACGCACAUCUGCUGUCGCCGGAUGCAAAUACUGCUCACAUUGGCCACAAUAUCAAGAGACACUACCGUUGGGCUUGGGACGACGACGUUGCAGCGAUGACAGAAGCAUUCUAUGUUCAGGGUGGCACGAUUCCUAACCUCACCGAGCUCGUCGAAGGCCAAUUGAAGUUGAUCACAAGCAAUCCCAAGUUGAUUGACACACUCGCGGCCCCUUCACAGAUUGUUUGCAAGGCGGUCGUGGAUAUCGUUCCUAUGCUACGGGAUGCAGACGCACGACAUGCAGAGGGCCACGAACAACUGGUGACCGAGGGUUACGAGUUCUUCAAAGUCAUGUCUGGUGGCUUACUGCCCAUCAUCGAGAAGCAUAUCACCUGCUUUUCCGUCAAUAGUGCCCUGUCUCAUAUGACUUGCCUCUCGAGCCUUUUCAAAUACGCUCUCCAUUACGAGGUCGGCCCGGUGCGAGAGCUUCUGGAGCAGAGCCGACGAGAACAUCCGGCAGUCGCUCGGAAGGACUUCCCAAAAGUGCUAGCUCUCGAAUGGAAGUUCAAGAUAUUGCACAAGCUCAUCACUUCAUCUCAGAUGCAACUACGUGUGACGGGCGUUUCGAGCAUGCAAGAUGAGCUUUUGAAACUGCAUAGCGAGUACAAACCCGCCAACAACUUUCCUCCGGCAUCUCCCGUUCUACUGUUCUUCGCGAACUUGAUUCUAGACAGUCAACUCCUUGACUAUCUUGUCGGCGUCGGAUCUCACCCUGAGCUCAUCGGCGACAGUAACAACAUCCUUGGCUUUCUGAUAGUUACAAAAACAUACACCCCAGAGCUAACUGACAAGAUUUGGCAAACUGUUACGGAGAGCCAGGAUCCUCGAGUUGUGGAGGCUAUCGUUACUGUAUUACGAAAGAUUCUGUCCUUGCUCGAUUAUCCCUCUCUACUCUACCUCUGCGAGAAGCUUGACGAUAUACCGGUUGAAUCCUUCUCCAACGUCAUGCGAGAUUACUGCCAACUUUUGUUCAAGUGCUUGACGGACAAAGCAAACCAAGGUCGCUUACUUCAACUGGACGCACAGCCUUAUGAACUUUGCGUACGUCUUAUUCGCGAAUCAUCCAUGCUCACUGCUGCUGGUGCAGCCGGCUUCCCGAAUAUCCUGAGUUUUGCGUCCAAGGCCUUGCGCGAGCUUCUGAAUCGCGGUCCACCUGACGAAGCACGCGAUAACAUAUACCUCAGUUGCAUCACCGACAUUGCGUCGAAGAGCCAGACAGCCCCUGGAAGCAUAGUCGUUGUCGGUGCCUUGCUGAACGACCAUCCUUCGGACCUGAAAAAGAUGACCGUUGAGCAUGGUCUGACCAAGCUCCUGGUCGAGGAUCUGGAGUUGGCAAUCGAAAGCGAACGCCAAUCGGCGAAUUUGCUGUCUGGUGGCAGCGCAGCGAGUGUAGCCCGACGCGAGAUCAUCCAACUUAUCAUUCAAAAUGAACCGGGUACCAUUUCUGCGGAUCUCGGCUCCCGCUUGUGGGACGUUCUUGUUGGCAGCAAAUCGAUCGUAUCCAACGAGCGAAGCAUCUCGUGGCAGCUCCUCAACACCGUGGCCAAGUCCCAAGGUAGCAAGAAUUUCUUCAUCGCUUUAUGCUUUACUGAAUUCAUGCCAACUCUUCCUCCUCAUUGCUUUACUCCCGGAUCGCUGGAUCUUGUAGGGGUAGCAAUCUCCUUGUGGUUCGACGAGGUUCGAGAAGACUUCGUUGCAGAAAAGAGGGCCUUUGACUCGCCAGCUCUCGAACAGCUAUGGCGUAUGAUAUUGACUGCACCACCUGCCACUAUCGAUGCUGCAGCAAUCAAAAUUCUUGUGGAUACCUAUGUUAGCAGCCCUCUGAUUUGCAAGAUCCCUCGGACAAUGGCAAGAGCGAUCCAUCUGGGCUUGGUUGACCGUUGCUUGAAGCAGCUGAAGGGAGCUGCCUCCAAGCUGCAGGCCUUUGGCACCGAUGUGUCCACUGGAUCUGACGAGAGGAUGGCCGUCGUUGCUUCGGAUGAUGAAUUGCAAGAGCAGGAGUUGAUUUUUGCCCGGUCUCUGGCAGUCUUGCGCGAGUUCCUAAGAGCCUACCAGACUAAGCCACAGUUUGCACCUCCGAAGUCGAGGCUGUCUAUCACAACGGCCCCAACUGCAGUGGAAGGCGAACCUUUGACGGUGAAAUACCAGGUAUUUGAUGGCCCCAAAGCUAUGGAUAUAACAAGCAUCACACUUGGCAAGCAGAACACGGCUGCCACUUUGUUUGCCGGUCUCGAGAAGGCCACAGGCUUCAGGAACUAUCAAGUCUAUCACGGAGGGAAGGCGGUGGAUCCCGAGGAGAUUGAUGUUUGCAGAAAGUUAGAGGACCUCAAUUUCACUGGUCUUCUUCUGGUCCGUAAGCGUGAUGAUGCCGAAGGGGUGCCGGAUCCGCCCAACGGCAAUAAGACCACACUGGAGCUCGAAAUUACGAAGCAUUUCGAUGAUCUGUGGAGCUACCUCAGUAUGAACGAGAAAGUGGCACAGGAGAUAUACUAUUUCUUGAUAAAGUUUGAUGUCUAUGAGCGACUCCUUCGCGAUUUCGCAUCAGACAUGCCUCAUCCAGAGAUCUUCCCUGUUGGGCAGCCAUUCAAGUCUUUAUAUGCAGUACACUCCUUGAAGCAGUACAUCACCAGUAAAUCUCAGAUGGGGCUUGUCAACGAAGCCGCACUUUCGAGGGCGAUCGCUUUACUUGUUGCGGCAGUAGCCGACCCCAACGUUCUCAACCAGUGUGGUACCGAUGGGCUGAGGGAUGUCCUUGCUUUGCAUAUGCUAGACUGUCUAUUACAAUUUCUCAGAGAACCCGUACUACCGACAUCAGUCACUCCGCAUCUCAACAAAUCUCUCCUAGAUCGCCUUUUAGAGCUCUUGUAUAUUUCCAAGAAUGGCCUUGUGUCGCUGACUUCAAAUCAAUUGACUGUCCGCUCUUUCGAAACUCUACUAGAGGCAUCGAUUCAUAGUACCACCUUUUGGAGCCUUUUCCUCUCGCAUCUUCACGAGAAUACACUGCUGCAGGACGUGAUUCUGGACGACCCCCAUCCAGUCAUUCGAAAGAAUGCUAUGAAGCAAAUUGUGAAUAAAUGCACCUUCAUACCAAGCCUUGCCCAACUUUCUACGACCCAGUUCGUUAUAGCAUUUUGGCCAAUGGUGGCUCAGCUGAUUCCAAAAGCUUGCCUCAGGCCGCUUCAGUGUGAAGAGACAUUCACUUUGAGCCUUACCUUGUUUAAGCGAUUUGCAGAUAUCGCAAUCCGUGAUCUAAAGCUUGAAGAUUUGGUCAAACAGUGGGGCAAUUUACUGCUAUCUCACCCAUGUGUUGAGCGCAUUGGGCAUCCAGAGAGUGUCGAUCCAGUAGCACAGGGACUCACUACUAUGGUCUUCUAUGCCACUUCUUUCACCAAAGCUUCUCAGAGAACUCUCCUAUGCAGCGCCCUUGGAAUCCAGCUGUUUCGCCAGCACCUGUUCCCAGACUUAUCAGUCGAGCAGCCUGAUGGAGUCGUUGAUGCCAGAAUUCCUCUACUCAACCCCACGACCAGACGUACUUUGGCUGAUACAGUAUAUUUUCUUGUCAAGGAUGACAGAUUACAGUACGACGUUCUCUUGGAUGAUCUUAGACACAUCACCCCUUAUUCUGCCCAAACAGAUCCUCCCUACAUGUACGAUCUGGUACCUGCCUUUGAGAGAGGUCGGUCAAUCAGAUCGCAGACCGGCUAUGUCGGGUUGAGAAACCUCUCCAACACUUGCUACCUCAAUUCUCUGUUCACUCAGCUGUUUAUGAAUGUCCCAUUCCGGGAAUUCAUGCUUCAAUCUCACGUUGCCGACGCUGGCGCCUCGCAGAAGCUUCUUUCCGAGACGCAGAUUCUGUUUAGCUAUAUGCAAAACAGUUACAAAAGAUUCGUCGAUCCCGCCAACCUUGCACAAUCCAUUCGCACCUAUGAUGAAACCCCAAUUGAUAUCCAUGUUCAAAUGGACGUUGACGAAUUCUACAACCUGCUCUUCGAUCGUUGGGAAAGCCAGAUUCUUGCAUCCGACGCCAAGCAGGAAUUCAAGAGUUUCUACGGUGGCCAGCUGGUUCAGCAAGUCAAGUCUAAAGAAUGUGAACACAUCUCAGAGCGCAUGGAGUCCUUUUCCGCGAUACAGUGCGACAUCAAGGGCAAGGGCAACCUAAAGGAAAGUCUUGAGGCGUACGUCGAGGGUGAGGUCAUGGAAGGAGAUAACAAAUACAAGUGUUCACAGUGCGACCUUCAUGUGAACGCGGUCAAGAGAGCUUGCCUCAAAGAUAUUCCCGACAGUCUGAUCUUUCACUUGAAGAGAUUUGAUUAUAAUCUUCGCACUCAGCUUCGGAGCAAGAUCAAUGAUCAUUUCUCUUUUCCUAAGACUAUCGAUAUGACACCCUACAAGGUAGAAUAUCUCAUGAACAGCUCGGAAGAACUCGCCGAGGAUGUUUUUGAGCUGGUUGGAAUUUUGGUACACUCAGGGACAGCGGAAUCGGGCCACUACUACUCGUUUAUUCGAGAGAGGCCGUCCGCAAACGAUCAGGAGAACUGGGUAGAGUUUAACGACGAAUCUGUGAGCCCUUGGGAUCCAAAUCGGAUGGAGGCUGCGUGUUUCGGUGGUCUAGACUAUUCGUGCCAACCUGAUAGUAACAACAACCACUUCGAAAAGUCAUACAGCGCGUACAUGCUGUUCUACCAACGAUCAUCGGUCCUUGCUGCGCAGAAGCAGACGAUGAUGCACCAACGUCCCAGUAGCCCGAUUCGGCUGGCCGCACCUCGCCUUAUUUCCAACCACAUUGCACAUGAGAACGAGAUUAUCAUGCGCAAGUACUGUCUGUACGAUCCAUCCCACGCGGAGUUCGUGAUGAAGGUCUUCUCCAACAUGAAGGUCAUCAACGGUGGCACCUGCUCCACAUGGCACGACUUGGAAAACAAAGUUCUGGACGUGGUACUGCGUCACUUGGAUCAGGUUUUCGCCCGCACAAAGGAAACUCCGGACUUCGUGAGAUUCAUGCUUACUAUUAGGCAAAUGUGUGAUGGCUGUGUAGAAUGCAGUCGGCGGUACCUGGUUUGGUACGUCGAACAUCCAGAGUCAAUGAAGCAACUGCUGCUGCGAAACCCAGAUGGUCUCAUCCGCCAUGAGAUUGCGCUAUCGAUCAUCAACGCCCUUGAAAAGGUCAAAAAUGAAGCACCCUAUGCGUACGGAUUUGGUGAUGAUGACGGUAGUACGGAUGGGCAUGAUCUGCACACCUCAAAGCUGAUCCAAGACAUCGUAGAAGCUCUUACCAGGCUGUGGGACGUCUUUCAUAGUAACAUUCGUGCAUGGCCGGAAUAUUUCGGUCUCCUGGCAAGUAUUGCCCAGAUGGGAAAGCGUGAGGCUACUCUACUGCUUGAUCACGGUUUUCUCAGAAAGACACUCGAGGUGGUCUGUGCAGAUCCCCUGCUUCCGACGACGCAACAAUAUCAAAGAAUGCUCAGCAUUAUGGCGAAGCGCGUUGCCAGCAGACCGGUAUCUUACGAGGAUAUCAUCAACCUCCUGUACAGGCUCUUUCUUGUGUGUGACGUGACUCUGGAACCUGUGGAGGACGAGGAUACGCGCCUCGACCUGUCCAACCCGGAUAAGCCGGUGCCAUUUACGAGAGGCGAGCAAAGCUUCCUGACGUCUCACUGGAUUCGCAACCAUGCCCACAUUCUGCUGGAGAAGCUUCUGUUGCUUCGUCAGAACGAGGAGACUGUCAAGGAGAUCACCAUCCGUCUCCUGGCAUGGCCCGACUCUCUCGACAACGAAAUCCUGCAAACCAUUUUGUCAGGGCUCAGAAAGGGCACAACUUCGCCAUUUUGCGCACCAUUCAUUCGAGCUGCUGCCGUUUAUGCCGAACGAUCAAAGAACCCCAAGGCGGUAGUCAGCAUGCUAUCGAGGGUCACGAAAGUUGCUGCCGAGCUCGAUGGUGACAAUGAUGCAGCUCUCCAGUUCUUCAAAGACGUGUUUGAUGGAGCAGUCGGCGACCAAGACAUGACGACUGACGACUUCUUGAGGUUCUUCUUCGACCAGAUGAACAUUUGGGGCCCGUACUUGCUCACGGAUUUCAACAGUAACGUAAGAGCAGAUACGGAGGAGUUCAUCCAUCAAGCGCUGCUUCGUCACGGACCCGACGUCAACUUUGGUACGGAGGAUGAGGAUUGCGAUAAGGGUCAGAUCUUCAUUGAGGCUGCGCAGAAGUUGGGGAUUGCAUGCCUGAAGUACUGCGAUGAGGUUUACUUGCGACAACGCCAACAGGCUGUUCGGGCAGUGGUCGCCAAUAUUAAGGAGGUGAUUAAGGCUUGCUCCCACUUCUUCGACUUUGAGAACAAAGACCACAUUACUCGCACAUUCUAUGAGUUGUCAACCGCUGUUAUCCUGCCUUUGAGGAACUGCACGGUAGAGGAAGCUGAUGAGGAGGCCUCAGAAUGGGAUAACUCCGAUGGGGACUACGACUCCGAGGCUGUGGACCGGAUCGGACCCCACGACGAAGAUAUGCACCUUUGA